AUAAGACAUGCAAAAUUGCAAUUUAAAAUAUAAUCAUUAUUUUAAUUUAAUAAUGGUUAUUUCAAAUAAUAAAUCAUUCUUUCAUUGAUUACUCAUAAUAUUUAGUAAUAAAUUCUUAAUAAAGUACUGUAUAAAGCAGGGUCCUAAAUAGUAUACAACAUUCUAUGAUCAUAGAUAUUGACAUGAUCUAAAAUUCUAAGGUACUGUUUAUAGUCAAAAUGAAUAUAUCAACUGAAAUCGAACUGGGACUGAAAAGGUUGUGCAACCCAGCACUGAUAAAUGACCAAUGUUUUCAAAUGUUACUACAAAAGGCUGAAAAGGUACUGGGAACAUUGUUGAGUGAGACUUCAGAACAGACAUUAAAUGAUGAGUCUACCAUAAAUAUAACAUCUAAACAAGAUAUUGCUAAAGAAGCUUAUGCUUCAUUAGUAGCUCUACUUACAAUUGCUAAUAGACAUUGCUUAGAUGGAAAAUCAUUAAACCAAAACUUACAAACAUUAGUUUUGGCUAACACCGAUCGUUUACCAGAGAUUAUUAAAACCUAUGAAUCUGUUAGACCACGUCUAACAGAAGUUUCCAAGAUUACCACUACAUCUUUGGCUAAUGUGGUCGAUGUUGAAUGCCGCCUCGAUUACUGUGUACAAUCUAGUGUUUUUGAUGACGUAUCUGAAUUCUUAUACAAAGUACGGCUGAAGACAAUUGACAAUGGUACAAUAAAAUACAUUGAUUUUGUCUGCAAUACACAGGAACUUCAAGAAUUAGUGUUUAAGUUAAAGGACGCAGUUCGACAUUUAGAAAAAAUUGCUUCGGCCAGUUAAGAUUAACAAAAUAUUGUAUCAUAUUUAAUCAAUAGUCUAUACUAUGUAUUUAAUCAUUCCUAAUUAUUCUUAUUACAUAAUAUAUUCUAUUACAGUCUUAAUAUAUUAUAUGUUUAUAUAUA